AUACGACGUGAUUUACAUUAAUCAAUGGGAAAUAACAGUAAAAAGCAUGCAAGGUGUUAAUAGCUAAAAAUGUUUAAGCUUUAACUGUGUUUACCAACUGCCUCUGCAUUUCAAUGAACCACAGCCGAAUGAAGACGGAUUUCGGGUAUAAAUAUGGACUGCCAGCUGCAGUGGGUUAUCAAUCAGUCCUCAGCUACUUCCCACAGCAGCACCACCAACAAAUCCUCAACAUGUUCAAAUACGCCGUUGUCAUCCUCGCCAUCGUCGCCGCCGUCUCUGCCAAGCCUGGUCUGCUCCUGGGCAGUCCCUUGGCCUACAGUGCACCAGUUGUGGCUGCUGCUCCUGCUGCAGUGGUUGCAGCUCCUGCUCCUUACGUGACUGCCACCAGCAGCCAGGUGUUCGCCCGCAACUACAAUGGAAUCGCCGCUGCCCCAGUGAUCGCUGCUGCUCCAGUUGCUGCUCCAGUCAUUGCCAAGUACGCCGCUGCUCCAUUGGCUGCUCCAGUUGCUGCUCCAGUCAUCGCGAAAUAUGCUGCUGCUCCAUUGGCUGCUCCUCUGGCCUACAGCUCACCUUUGACAUACGCCGCUGCUGCUUCCCCUAUUCUGUUUUAAGAAUAUUCUGGUUAAAUUAAAUAAACGAAAAGA